CUGAAAAUCAAUAAUAUCAAACAAUAUGCACGGAUACAGAACGUAUAAUAUGGAGAACCAUCAUGCACACCACGAUAACACCGUGGACCAGAAGCCGCUGGUUGUUGACCUAAUGUCCACACAAUAUGGCAAACCACAAACGCCACCACCAUCGCCAAAUGAGUGCCUUUCUAGUCCGGACAACUCAUUAAAUGGCAGUCGCAACUCUGAGAUACCCGCUGAUCCCUCAGUUCGUCGCUAUCGAACUGCAUUCACGCGCGAUCAGUUGGCGCGUCUAGAGAAGGAGUUCUACAAGGAGAAUUAUGUUUCGCGUCCGCGUCGCUGCGAACUGGCCGCACAGCUUAAUCUGCCCGAAUCCACGAUUAAGGUGUGGUUCCAGAACCGUCGCAUGAAGGACAAGCGUCAGCGCAUCGCCGUCGCCUGGCCCUAUGCUGCUGUCUACUCCGAUCCCGCUUUCGCCGCUUCAAUUCUGCAAGCGGCCGCAAAUAGCGUUGGAAUGCCGUAUCCUCCUUAUGCACCAGCCGGCGCCAAUCCAAUGCUGGCCACCGCGAUGCCCACCAUGCCAGUGCCCGGACACUCACCCUACGGCCAAUAUCGCUACAGUCCUUACCACAUUCCAGCACGUCCAGUGCCACCCGCACCACACAUGGCACCACAUCCGGCGUCUGUAGCCGCUGCCAUGAAUGCGGCCGCUCCCAUGGGAUAUCCUGCUGCUGCCAUGCUGAGUGCCGCCGGCAUGCCGCCCAACUAUGCAGCCCUGAGCGUGCCCAAGACCCACACGCCCCCGUUGGAUCUGCAAUCGUCCUCCUCGCCGCACUCCUCGACGCUCUCGCUCAGCCCUGCCGGCUCCGAUCACACCAAGGUCUUCGAUCGCAGCCUCAGCCCCUACACAGCGAGCUCGACGAAUACGACUACCACCACAGCAAGUCCUUUGCCCGCACCUGGAGGUCUGCUAAUGUCCACUGCUAAGCGUCCGGCUUCCGCGAUGUCACCGCCCCCAGCCACCACGGUGAUUGCUGAGCCGAAGCCCAAGCUCUUCAAACCCUACAAGACUGAGGCGUAAGCCGUCAAUAGCUUCGCUUCUAAAAAAAAACCAACACCAACACCAACACCCGCCCGCCCAUAAUGGCUGUACGCGGCCCAGUUCCGGCUGGGCUGUUUACACUCUUCGAUUGUACAAAUUAGUUGUAAUUGUUGUGUUUUCGAUGUACGAAAGGAGUCUCUUCCUGCUCAGUGUGUAGAGUCACAUUAGGCUUUUAUUUAUUGUACAUACUUGUAUAACUUAGUUAAAUUAGUCAAUUAAGCAAUACUGAAAACCAAUCAAAAUAAAUUUACAAAAUCCCAAAAGAA